AUGCCGGCAAUACUGCGCUGGGUGCCCGACCUGGCCUUGACGCCGACGGUACGGUGGAGGAUACGAAGUCUCACCAAGUUCAUUAUGGGCCUUACGGUCUUUUACGGCUUUAUGAUUUUAUUACAGCCUCGAUUUUUACCGCCGCAGUUGUGGGUCGGCGACACAGCGUGGCGUUUCGUCCCCGUUCAUCCGCACCCCAUCACGAAGCUGAUUGAGGAUGCCCAGUCCGAAUGGCAGCGGAUCUUGGACAGCGGCGUCAAAAGCACUCCCGAGGCCGCACGCGAGUACCGCAGGCGCCGCGGCCGCGACCCGCCGCCCGGUUUUGACGCCUGGGCGUCGUCGGCCUUGCGGUCAAAUUCGGUGAUUGUGGAGCGAUUUUUCGACCGCAUCUACAAGGAUCUCGCGCCAUUUGGGGCGCUGCAGCCCAGUGAAAUGCGCUUCAUGACGUAUUCGCAGCCAAACGUGAUCCGGAUCCGCGACGGCCGGGUGGACUUUUAUGCCGACUACACGGGCAAUACCGGUUGGCUCAGGACAUGGGCCAGUUUUGUGGAGGAAUUUGCUGUGCAUUUGCCGGACAUGGACAUCCCCGUCAAUGUCAUGACCACCCCGCGGCUGGCCGUCGACCGCCAGACAAUCAACGAGACGUCUUUUUUCAAAGAUUCGAUGCCCGGCGGUCGCCGUGCGCUCGACGACGUCAUCGUCACCUACUCAGGCUUAAAGGACAGUCCCUCCGUCCACCCUGGCAAAAUCAAGCUCAAUUAUACCCAUGACUGGGAGACAUCUGGCCUCAGCGGCGAUCCAAAGGCGUACUGGCUACAGUACCGCAGAACCUGUCCUCUAGGCAGCGCUGCCCGUGAUUUGGGAUUGAGCUUAGAGCCAAGCAUCCGUGAGGUCUUCCCCGGCAAACUCAACCCCAAUUAUACGACCAGUGGAUACAUAACCAACGUGACCGCAGCGCGUGAUCCGUGCCAUCAGCCGUACAUACGGGCCAUGUACGGACUCUUUGUUGAGUGCGAGCAUGUCUCGACGAGCAGCUCCCUGAUGCCCAUCUUUUCGGGCAGCAAGCUUCCGGGGAACAACGACAUCCUGCUGCCAAGUACUGUUUACCUGGACAAGAAGAAAACGCCUCUCGUCUUUGACGAAGCGAAUACACCCGCUUGGAGCGCCAAGAUGGACCGCCUGUACUGGCGGGGCCAGGCAACCGGCGGCGUGGCUCGAGCGCACAGCUGGUGGCGGUUUCAGCGGCACCGGUUUGUGCAGAUGACCGACGGCGUCCGGGCACGCGAAUUCUACAACGACGGCAAGAUGAAUGCGCCGAGUUUUAACUUGCCGGACGUCGACGAUUACAAGUGCAUGUACCCGGAAGCCUUUCAGCACCAUGACAUCUAG